AUGUCUAUUAUAAGAUAUACUGAAGAAGAAUUAUUAACAUUGAAACCAUCAGCCGUUAUUCCAACUGGAUUUGAUCACCAAGAAUUUAGUCGACUAGUUGCCAAAGUUACUGAAAUUUUAGCUUUAAGAGCAGAAGAAUAUGAAAGACAACAUCCUAACGGUUCCUUUAACAGAAGAAGAUCUUCUCACCAUCAUGUCCGUCCAAAGAUUCAUAAGAAUAAACCAAAGAUUUUAACUGAUUCUGAUGGUUGGUCUACUUUAGAAAAUAAUGUUGGUGGGGAAAGAAGAAAAAGUAGUAUUGUUGCUGAUGAUGUAGUUAAAUCAAAAGUCAGAGAAAAUAUUGUUAAUGAAACCGUUAAGAUUAAGCCAAAUAAUAAAAAUAUUGGCUCUUCCAGACCUGCUGAUACUAGAGAUAUUAUUGCUGACAAACAAACUAUUACUUUUAACGCUUUUUCUGCCUUAGAAAGUGAUGAUGAGGAGGAUUGA